AGUCCAAAACGUUACAACAUAGCUGUGGUAGUCUUGUUCUUUUCCUGGCUGUUUCACAUGUGGAGUGAUGGCACUAGUUUUUUAGGCUGUAUAAUUUAGCAUUACAAUCACCGCCAUGUUCGAUGGAAAGGAUGUGACUGCAGUUGGCCAAAUAUUGGUCAACUCAAAACACGACCUGACCACACGAUUUCGGGCGCUGUUCACGUUGCGUAACCUGGGUGGACCUGAGGCCAUCAAUUGGAUAAGUCGAACCUUUGAGGAUGAAUCUGCCUUGCUGAAACAUGAACUAGCAUACUGCUUGGGUCAGAUGCAAGAUGAACGAGCCAUUCCUGUUCUGGAGACUGUUCUAAAAGAUACCAGUCAAGAGCCCAUGGUCAGACACGAAGCUGGUGAGGCUUUGGGGGCUAUUGGAAAUCUAAAGGUGUUGGAUUUACUCAAGCAGUACUCUGAAGAUCCUGUUAUAGAGGUGGCGGAGACAUGUCAGUUGGCCGUGAGGCUUCUGGAGUGGCAGCAGGGUGGCGGGCGUGAAGAAGGGGCAGAUGGGAACCCAUACAGCUCAGUGGACCCAGCACCGCCUGCUCCCAGGAAGAGUGUGCCCGAGCUUAGGGUGCAGCUCUUGGAUGAGAGCUUGUCGCUGUUUGAGAGAUACAGGGCCAUGUUUGCCCUGCGUAACCUGGGCACUGAGGAGGCUGUGUUAGCUCUUGGCGAUGGUCUCCAGUGUAGCAGUGCCUUAUUCCGGCACGAGAUCGGCUAUGUCUUGGGUCAGAUCCAGCAUGAGGCCAGCAUCCCCCAGCUUCAGGCAGCGCUGGAGAAGGAGGACGAGAGCGCCAUGGUGCGGCAUGAGUGUGCCGAGGCCCUGGGCUCCAUCGGAAAGGACGCCUGCCUGGAGAUCUUGCAGCGCUACCGGGAGGACCAGGAGCGCGUCGUAAAGGAGAGUUGCGUGGUGGCGCUGGACAUGCUGGAGUAUGAGAACUCCUCGCAGUUCCAGUACGCAGACGGACUCUUGCGGCUGCAGGGCGAGACGUGAGGGAGGCUGGCUGGCUGAGGUUUCCCCCCACAGAAGAAUCUCCCCUCAACAGUACCCAACCAUAAAAAGCACCAGUUUAUGACAUACUGGUUGUGGUCAUGGAAAAAAUGUAUGAUGAGGAUUGCGUAGUAUUUCACCCACAGACUGUAUUUUAUUAUGUUGUGAAAGAGUUUUGGCUGGCUUAUUUAUUAUUUUUGUGGAAAAAUAGGUGUCACAGAGAAGCCGAAUCCAAUUUCUCAAAAUCCUUCCUAAUUACAAUGAUCUGUUCUAAAGUGUCCUGAGAAGAUUUAAUGUAACCAUUUGAGGCCACAAACUGAAUCAUAACAUCUCUAUUCCGAGCAUAACAUUUGAAUCAUCAUUAAAUAUGGUUGUGUGACGA